AUGGGGAACCCCAUGUUUGAAAAAGAUAGCAAUGGCGGCAUCCAUGGUGCUGUUAACGACUCUGUGAGAGGCGGUGCCCAUAAUGUGGUUUACAAAGCAGCGGUGAGCGAAGCAACCCAGCUAGGUGAUGGCGUUGGAAUAGAGGGCGAUGUCGGAGUGUCCUUGGCAGUAGGCAACGCCAACAAUGUGCAGGGCGGUGCUAGCAUGCUAGACGACACCUUUCAGUGGUCAUGCAACGCUAGGGGUAGGCUAGGCGGUCUAGGCAACACCAAGAAACAGUUGGUCAACGACGCCAAAUGUGUGGGCGACGAGUGUGGCGGCGCCAACAGGUUAAGUCACAGUGGGUGCAAUCCAAACAACUCUGGCGACGGCGGGCAUGAACCAAGCAAGGACACAGACCUCGGUGCAAAAAUUUAUGAAGGUGAGGUGACCCUGUUUUCACUUUAA